UACGGCAAGAUUCUUGAAUGCCAGAGUUACUUCUUCGUUGUCGGAUUCGCUGAUAAAAUAGUAGCUUGUUGUGGUAAAGGUAGAGCUCAAGCUGGAAAUUAGUAUGGGUUACAUUUGUUGAAUCAAGUGCAAUAAGAGUAGCCAAGGGAAUGUCAGACUGGCCUGUCUGCUAACUUUCCGAGUGAAAAAUCUGCUCCGCGCAUAAGGUUCAUUAGUGAUAAAUUUUUUAUUAUUUGGAAGGAAUAUAUGGCAGUAAGAUUGGGCUGAAAACUGGACAGAGUUGAUAUGGUAUCGGAGUAUGCUUUGCUGUAUCUGUUUGUUGAAAUCAAAGAAUCUGUGUCUUGUCUGUUCUUUCGCUUCCUUCCUCUUCUACUAGUAAACCUAUAUGCGAUGGUGAUACUGAUGACUACUAGUCGGGUGUGAAAAACUUCUUAUGCUGGACAUUCCCUGUUUUGAUAUAACUCUAGGGAAUUAAAACAAGCUAUUAAAGGCUGCUGUCUCACAUUCUGUCGUUUCAAAAGUAAAAAACAGAAAAUUUCCCUUAUAGUGUAUGCCCAUUUCUUUAGUUGUAGAGGCAUGGGUAAUAGAGUUUCCAUCUUAUGAAAUGACAACAAAUUCGGUAAGGUGGCAUUUCUCGUGGUCCUGAAAUAUGGAAAGGUUCCGAUACAUCAUGCAAAGUAUACAUGGGGCGGUGUUCGCGGGCUGUAGUUGUGAUACUCAGUAGAUCAGUAAAAGUACUUUGUUAAAUGAGUUGAAGAAGUCUUACUUAUUUGCCUCGGUGCAGUAUUUAAAUCUUGCUGCACCUUUGUCAGUGUAGGAUACUUUCUCAGUGUAAUGCAAAGCCUAGUUGUUUGGUCAUUUUGUGUCUGCUUGAUUUCAUUUCUUUUGUUACAUAUACUUUUUUGAACUUUCUGCAACCCAUAGACCAUAUAACACCAAGAGGACCUGUGAGUACUUGGUGCUUCUGAGCUCAAAAUUUUCAAGUCCAGAGCCUUGGGAUCAAAGACAGUUGCUGUUUGGAUAGUGAAUUCCUCUCUUCAUACUGAGAAACUGUAUCUCACCAGUUGUUCUAGCAUUCUAGCUAACAUUGAAGGCUGAAUGAUUUCUUUCUUUUUUGAUUUAGUCGUUACUUUCUACAUCGGAAUAGAUUUGACUGAUUGGAAAGGUUUCCUUUGGUUUUGCUUUUAUCAUUGUAGUUUUAAAUAAAGAAUCCAUAUCUGCAUGAGUAUUGUUUUCUGCCAAAAUGCGGGUGUGUUCAAUAAGUGAGCUAAGGGGCGGCAGAAGUGCAUAUUAAGUUAGGCAUAUAAUUGCAGUUUAAUCAAUACUAUGCAUUUGUUCGCAUUUGACUCAUCAUAUUGCCGCAUAAGAUUGAUUAUAAUUUGCAUCUGGGGAGGAGAAUAAUCACAAAAGGUCUUGGUGGGCUUAAGUGAAAGCAUGAUAUCUACGACGAAUGUAGAAAAAAUCCCUGGCAGAUAGUUUGUUUUGAAGAGCAAUCCUCUGUGAUACUCGUCAUAAAAUAGGAGCUGCAACUCUGGUCUGGUGACAGCGGAAACAUUUGGGAUUUUCUUCAUAUACUGUUCAUUUGUGACUGCUUAUUGGUUUUGUGUUAAUUCUUCUGAUUGAGAAAAAUAAUGUCAUCCAACAAAUUAUGGUGAUUUUUAAUCAAGUAAGUCAGAUGCUAAGCUUAUGUUGGGGGAUUAGAUUGUUUAAAGUUAAAUCAUGAACCAGAAUGGAACAAGUUGAUAUUCUUGCUCAGAUUGUGGAAAUGAUUUUUUUAAGAGAUAUUUGUUGUGAAAUGUGGGCUUGGGAUUUCUCUGAAUGACUUAUCUGUAUGAAAACCAUUCUGGUGCUUUGUCAUCAGAACACAAAUCAUGAUGGAAAGGGAUACAGGACGUCCUCGUGGAUUUGGGUUUAUUACAUUUUCUGACCGUCGGGGAAUGGAGGAUGCAAUUAAAGAAAUGAAUGGACGGGAAAUUGGUGAUCGAAUCAUCUCAGUCAACAAGGCACAGCCUAGGGCUGGGGGUGAUGAUGCAGACCAAGGGUACAGAGGUGGCUACUCUUCAGGUGGCAGGGGAAGCUAUGGGGCUGGAGAUAGGGUAGGACAGGAUGACUGUUUCAAAUGUGGGCGUCCAGGGCACUGGGCCCGAGAUUGUCCUUUGGCAGGAGGAGACGGUGGUCGUGGUCGGGGCAGUGGUUCAUUUUCUUCACGUCCUAGAUUUGGAGGUACUGGUGGACACGGGGAUCGCCUUGGUGAGCGUGAGCGGUACAUCGAUGACCGUUAUGAUGGAGGACGUUAUGGGGAUAGGGACCGUUUAGACAACCGAGACUACAAAUAUAGUGGCCGUGAUCGCUAUGCUAGUGACAGGUAUGCAACAAGUGGAGGAGAUCGAUUUGCAAGUGAUCGAUAUGGCAGUGGCUCAGACUACCCGCAAAAUGGUUAUGGGAAAGAAAGAGGCUAUGACCGCUAUGGCGGCGCUCGCGGAGGUGCUGAUAGAAAUGGAAAUGGAAUACCAGCUCGUGAUGAAGGAAGAAGUUAUAGGGGCAGGCCUGCUCCUUAUGACCGCCCCAGCAGGGCUGCUCGGCCAUCAUCAUUUGACCGUUACUGAUUUUUAAUAGUUCACGUUGAUCUUUUCAGUUAGAUAUCCAAAUGAGGAGGCAGAAUUAGGGACAUAGUUCUUGAUUAUGUAGGAACUCCUAGUUUCAGACAGCUGCUGGAUAGUAGUUUGAUAGUUUGUUUCUUUAUUCAGAUUAUGUGAAUUGUAACGGAGUUACUUCCCCUCAUUUGUUCGACGCAAAGACACCACUCUCUUUUUAAAUGCAAUUGAACACGGUGGUUACUUUUUUUGGCAUUUUAAA